GACAGAGAAAUACCACUCCACUGGGUAGUGCUACAUAGCAAGUGCUCGUGCUGCGGUCAGGGAGGCGCCAAUCUUCUGACGAGUUGACAAGACCAAAACACCCUUCCCACCACGGGGUCCGUGGUCAUGUCUUACACAGCGCGCAAGAUAGCACAACUGCCCUGCAGUGAUACUGUUAUACAGAUUUUUAGAGAGAAGGCAGUUUCUAGAGAGAGAACGAGAGGAAAAAUCCAAAAGGAGAAAGGGAAGGGCAGAUUGUAGAGAGAGAAAGUGGUCGCAUUUUUCCAUUUUUGGAAGUUGAAGAUCCAGUGGGCCAAGCAACAAUGUCCCGUUGAUUUUCGCUAGGGUUUAUAUUUCUAUAAAUAUAGAUAUCACAGGUUAGAUAAAGAAACAGGAUUGCAGAGAAGAAGGCGCAUUGUGUGUGUGAGAGAAAGACAUUUCAAGCGGCAGUGGAACACAGUUUUCUUCUAAUUUUUUAGAAGGGUCAGAAAAAGAAGAGAAGAAAAUAAGCAAGGACAAGGAAAGAAGUGGAAAUAGAAUGAGCAUAAAGUUCCUUUCAGAUAUUUGUAUCCUGCCAUAAUAAACAUUAUCCAGGAUCUUCACUGUUUCUACCAUGGGCUUGGAGGAAAGAGUUACAGAGCUGCACAACAAUAAGGACAAAACUCACCAAGCAUGGACCAUUUGCAUGCAUUCUUACUCUGAUCUAUCCUGUGUUUCUCCAGUGGUAUUCUUAUACCUGUUGAAAGAAUGUUAUGCUUACGGCACGCGUACAGCCACUGCAAAAUUUCAUGCUCUUCAACAACGAGUCCAGCAAGUCCUACAUAAUACUCCCCAACCUGGACCAGCUAUUUUUAUUGCUCACUGCCUCUAUGUCUUGCCUCUUUUUGGUUCAUAUUCUGAAGGCUUCAGCCACUUGGUAAUAUCUGGUCUCCGACGUUUUCUAAAAUCUGGAUCAUCCCAAGAAGACUUACUGGAAGCAAGAAACGUGGCUGCACAAUUAUUUCUCGAUAUUGUUGCUGGCUUUGUAAACCAUGAUGAGAGAAUUGUCAUUAAGGUGCUUGAAGUUUUUGAUGUCAAGUUGACAAAUAUUGAGAAAGUCAUAGGCAAUUCGGUCAUGAAGAAUGACAGUGUUUUGGAUGCUGCCAAAAAAUUUGUUGAGGGAUACAUUCAUCAAUUGAUGGAUUCCCGGUCAUAUAUGACAGCGGUUGCUCUAAUACAACAGUUUUCUAUCCAGACUGCUGGACAGCCUUUUCUACUUGAAAUGUUGCAAACUAGACAAUUCAAAGCGGCAGAAAAGUAUGCGACACAUAAGGGAAUGGACAUGCUAUGUUUACUUGUUCAGGAAUAUGUUAACAUGAAUAUGUUAAAGAAUGCUUAUGAUGUUAUAAAGAAAAACAAUCUCCGUCAGGAAUUUCCAGAUAUAUAUCAUAAGUGUAAAGAAAGCUCGCUAAAGAAGCUAGCUGAAAAGGGAUGCUGGGAUAUUGCAGAGGUUAAGACUAAUAGUGAUAGACAACUUAUUGAAUAUUUGGUUUACCUGGCAAUGGAAGCUGGCUAUACUGAGAAAGUUGAUGAACUAUGUGAUCGGUACUCCCUCGAAGGUUUUGUGAAAGCCAAGGAAGCUGAGAUAAGCCCUUUGUCUUGUCGAUAUUUGAAUAUUAAUGAAUUGGUUGUAGAAGGCAUCAUUUGGGUUGAUGAAGUCAAUGGUUUGCAUAAUGCAUCAUGCUAUAUUGAAGGAUGUAAAGUUUUGGGCAUUGAUUGUGAAUGGAAACCCAAUUACGAAAAAGGCAGCAAACCGAACAAGGUUUCCAUUCUUCAAGUUGCUUCUGAAAAGAGGGCCUUCAUUUUUGACCUGAUAAAGUUGGCCACAGAUGUGCCUGAUGUUUUAGAUAACUGCCUUAUCAGCGUUUUGCAUUCUUCUAGAAUUCUAAAGCUAGGCUACAAUUUCCAGUGUGACGUGAACCAGCUUACACAGUCAUAUGGGGAAUUGAAGUGUUUCAAACACUAUGAAAUGCUCCUGGACAUUCAAAAUAUGUUCAAAGAACCUCGUGGUGGUCUUUCUGGCCUUGCCAAGAAAGUAUUGGGAGCGGGCUUAAACAAGACAAGACGGAACAGCAACUGGGAGCAACGGCCUUUGAGUCAGCAUCAACUGGAAUAUGCCGCCCUUGAUGCUGCCGUGCUUGUUCACAUCUUCAGCAAAGGCAGCCCUGCCACUACCUUUCCAGAGGGUCAGGCCAAAAACGAGUGGAAAUCCUACAUUGUUGCUCACAUGGAUAACACAUCAAAGCCCAAAAAGGUUUAUAAGGGUAAGAAGAAGAAGAAGGCGACUGCUCCAGAGGCUGAUGAUCUUUCAAAAUCCCAGUUAAAGAUCUAGGCUUUGCAGAUAUAUUCAUAUUGCCCUUUGCCCUUCCAUCUUUCUUUCUUUCCUUUUUCGUUUUUUUUUUUUUUUUCUGUAAAUAUUUUUAUUUCCUUUUAAAUGGACAUCCAAAUUAAUCCUGUUGCUGUGAAAUCCAAUUUCACAUGUACAUAUAGGAGGAAAAAACGAAGUUCUGCUA